AUGAAAAGAAAACGUAAAUACAAAGAUGAGAAAGCUGCUGCUGCUGUACCACCUAUUGGUGACGGGGCAAAUGCACCACCCGCCGCUGCUGCUGCCGGAGCUGUCGUAGGAACGGUUGCGUAUCAUCACGAUAAAAUUAUUAAACACUUUAAAGCUCGUAAUGUAAAAGAAUCGGAUACUGGUACGUUGCAACUAAAAGACAAGGUUACAAACAUAUCUUACGACGACCUUGUAAAAGAUCUUACGCAUAAUUAUAAAAAGAAAAAAAUGCACUUGAGUGAAACGCAACAAACAUACGCUCUGUCGAUGUUACGGAGGACGGGGAUGCCUGCUAGUUAUAUUCGUAACGAAAUACUACAUGACAAAUAUAGAAAUUUAUUGCAAACUCCGCCACAUCAACAACAACAUGCAGCGGGACCGCAACCACCAGCUACUCCAUACUUAGUGCCGCCGAAGCCCAUAAAAAAGAAACGAAUCCUAGGGGCGUCUCGAGAUUGGAUGGAUACUGUGGACGAUAUAUUUACAACAUGA